CAUUUUCUCAUUUGUGUCUGGAGAGGUCGCGUGUCAUGUAGGCACCGGUACAGCCCCGGCAUUUCCUCUCCCUCGCAUCGGUUCCCGCUCUCCGCCUCCAAUGAUCACGAUCUCCAAUUAAACUCAGGAAAUGUAAAAAAUGUUUUAUACCAAAAAAUAAUCCAUCGUAUAACUUGAGAAAUCAAUAAGACCAGAAAAGUAAAUAUUUCUUUGUCAUUUCCAUUGUAAAAUAAUAUCCUCUGCAGUGGGGGCGCCCUAUGCUAGACAGCUACCCUGACGGAGAAAAUCGAAAACAUGGGGCUGUAACUGUAUUUUGGAUUUGAGUGGAAAAAAACUGAGUAUUUUCUAGUUCAUUGUACAUUUUUGUGGAGUAGUUUGUUUUGUGAUUGCAUGAAAAUGAAUGAAAAUCCGUCAGAAUGCAGCAUCAAAGUUGUGUGUCGUUUUCGCCCCCUCAAUUCCUCAGAGGAAAAGGCUGGCAGCAAAUUUAUGGCAAAAUUUCCUUCUGGAAGCGAAGAUUGCGUUAACGUUGGGGGCAAAGUGUACAUAUAUGACAAAGUAUUUAAGCCAAAUGCUACUCAAGAAAAAGUAUAUAACGAUUCAGCACAAGCAAUAGUUAAAGAUGUUCUUAUGGGAUACAAUGGCACGAUAUUUGCUUAUGGUCAGACUUCAAGUGGUAAAACUCACACAAUGGAGGGUAUCCUGGGUGAUCACAUUCAACAAGGUAUUAUUCCUAGAAUCGUUAAUGACAUAUUUAAUCACAUCUAUUCCAUGGAUGAAAAUAUAGAAUUUCAUAUAAAGAUUUCCUAUUUUGAAAUUUAUUUAGACAAAAUCAGGGAUUUAUUAGAUGUUUCUAAAACAAAUUUAUCAGUACACGAAGACAAAAAUAGAGUUCCUUUUGUAAAGGGUGCGACAGAGCGAUUCGUCACAAGUCCUGAAGAAGUUAUGGAAGUUAUAGACGAAGGCAAAUCCAAUAGACACAUUGCAGUUACGAAUAUGAAUGAACAUAGUUCAAGGAGUCACAGCGUGUUUCUAAUAAAUGUAAAGCAGGAAAAUUUGGAAAAUCAGAAGAAAUUAAGCGGGAAACUAUAUUUAGUUGAUUUGGCAGGUAGUGAAAAGGUUAGCAAAACAGGGGCCGAAGGAAUGGUCUUAGACGAAGCAAAAAACAUUAACAAAUCUCUUUCCGCUCUUGGCAAUGUAAUAUCAUCUUUAGCUGAUGGAAAUAAAUCUCAUAUACCUUAUCGUGACAGUAAACUAACUAGGAUACUUCAAGAAAGUUUAGGAGGUAACUCUAGGACCACCAUCAUCAUUUGUUGUUCACCAGCUUCAUUUAACGAAUGUGAAACUAAAUCAACUCUUGAUUUUGGCAGGAGAGCCAAAACUAUUAAGAAUACUGUUAUUGUGAACGAAGAGCUAACAGCUGAAGAGUGGAAACGUCGUUAUGAGAAAGAGAGAGAAAAGGCGCUUAGAACAAAAGCUCAACUCACGAGGGCUGAAUAUGAACUUAGCAGAUGGAGAAACGGUGAGAAUGUGCCUCAUGAUGAACAACUCAUGAUGAAAGACAUCAUGGAGAAUAGUCUUACAGCUAGUCUUACGGAUAAUAUUCCAGUCAAUAAUCUUCCAGUGAAUAUUAUUCAAGUAUCUGCAGAACCCCUCAGCAACGCAGAACGCGUCAAGUUUGAAGAAGAGAGAAGUAGACUAUACGCGCAAUUAGACGAAAAAGAUGACGAAAUUGAUAGGCAGAGUCAAUUGAUCGAAAAAUUGAAAGAACAGAUGCUUGAACAAGAAGAACUGAUCACAUCUACUCGCAAGGAUUACGAGAGUCUUCAACAGGAGAUGAAUCGCAUUCAGCAAGAAAACGAAUCAGCGAAAGAAGAAGUGAAAGAGGUCUUACAAGCUCUUGAAGAAUUGGCCGUCAACUACGACCAGAAGUCUCAAGAAGUGGAGAACAAAAACAGAGAAUACGAAAGCCUGAACGAAGAGCUUAGUCAAAAAUUGUCGCAACUAAAUACAGCUCAGAAUGAACUACAACAAAUGAAGGAUCAAACGAUGCAUCAAAGGAAAAGAACAACUGAAAUGCUGACAAAUUUACUGAAAGACCUUGGCGAAGUCGGCCACGUACUGGGAAAUAAUUGCGCUGAAACAAAGUUUUCAGCAGAUGUUUCAGGAAAAAUUGAAGAAGAAUUCACCGUCGCUAGACUUUUUAUUAGCAAAAUGAAAUCUGAAGUGAAAGCCCUUACAACACGUUGCAGUCAAUUAGAAGCAUUUCAAGCUGAAUGCAACAAGAAAAUUGAAGUCAACGAGAAAGAACUUGCUGAAGGCCGUCUGUUGAUAAGUCAGUAUGAGGCUAAAAUGAAAUCUUUACAAGAGACGAUGCGAGACGUGGACACCAAGAAACGUAAUUUGGAAGAAGCUGUAGACUCUCUCAAUGACGAGUGUGCGAAAUUGAAAGCUGCUGAGGAGAUGCAUAUUAUGAGCUCCAAAGAAAAAGAAAAGUUAAAAGAUUCAGCUGAAAAGAUGAAAGAGGCCUUAGAACUGCAGAUUGAAAAACACAGAGAGAAUCAUCAGAAGCAACUCUCCACUCUACGGGAUGAAAUAGCAGAAAAAGAAGUUCAAAUUGACAAAUUGAAAGACAUGAAUCAAAAGCUAUCUUUAGCUCAGGAACGACUGCAGCAGGAAUAUGAAAAACUGAAAAACGAAGAGAAUGAGAAGACUCAAAAACUGCAAGAACUUACGUUCUUAAAUGAAAAGAGGGAGCAGGCUCGUCAGGAUCUGAAAGGUCUCGAAGAAACUGUUCUAAAAGAAUUGCAGACACUGCACAAUUUACGAAAGCUAUUUGUUCAAGAUCUUCAAAGCAGAGUUAAGAAAUCUGCUCUGGGCGAAGAAAAUGAAGAAGCUAAUGGAACACCUGCUCAGAAACAGAAAAUUGCCUUCCUGGAAAAUAACCUUGACCAACUCACCAAAGUUCAUAAGCAACUUGUAAGGGACAACGCCGAUCUUCGUUGUGAAUUACCAAAAUUGGAGAAGAGACUGAGAGCCACCAUGGAAAGAGUCAAAUCUUUGGAGACGGCUUUGAAGGAAGCAAGGGAAAGUGCUACACGGGAUAGGAAGAGGUAUCAAUACGAAGUGGAUCGCAUUAAAGAAGCUGUGCGACAGAAGAAUUUAGCGAGACGGGGUCACAUGGCUCAAAUUGCCAAACCUAUUCGUGCUGGUCAGCCUCAUCUUGUGGGUGCUAGUUUUAGAACUGGAAUUAUACCUAUGUUGAAUAUUGCUAAUCUCGGAAGAAAUGACAACAGGAGGACUUUGUCUGAAAAAAUAAUAAAUGACAUUGAAAUCACUCCGAUGAAGUCUUUUGAAAAGAUAUCAAAUGAGAGAAAUUUCAUGGAGAACGCUGAAGAGAUCAAUGUAAGCUAAUGAGAAGAGCUUUGUGAUAUUAAAACCAUUUACUGAACUGUUAACUCCUAUUUAAGUUCCAUAAAUGUCUAUUAGGAAAUCAACACUCAUAGAUACAUAAUUCCUUAUAAGAAGCUUUUUUAAUGCAACACUUGCCUUAGAGUAUUGCACUCUGUUGAGUUCUAGUCAUCUGUCUUUGUUUAUUCCAAACGUAUUAUUUAUAGUAAUGUACUUGUUAUAAAAUAAGUAUUGAAAAUUCUCAAAACUAAUAUCAUUUUGAAAAUAAAACGAAAUCUGAUUUUUUUAUCGUUAUUAGUAAUAUGAAAUGGCAGAUAUCCAGGUAAAAAAAUAUCGUUUUUUUUUCAUUGUUGAGAUUUGUUUUUUUAAGCUAUGUUAAACUGUGAUAAUUAUACAGUACUUACUUGAAACUGAAUUUUAUUUUCAAUUCUUUUUAAAUUUUCUAAAGAAGCAAUUAUUUUCAAAAACAAUGACUGAAAACAAAAACAAUGACUGUUUUUACUCUGAGACUACAGAAAUAAUAAUCAUUUCGGGUCAAAAUAUUUUUAUAUGAUACAAGAAUAAUUCUGUUCCUUUUCAAUGUUUUAUAAAUUGUUUAGGGAAAAAAAUAGAUUUUAUUAAUUUUAAAUUAGAUAAAAUCUUAAAAUAUUGAUUUUAAUUUAUUCUAUUAUUUAGAUUACUUGUUUAUUAUGAUGUAUGUUAAAUUGUUAUUAUGUGUGUUAAAUUUUUAUUAUAAAUUUAUAAAAUUGUGUAUAAAAUUAAAAUUUAUCUUCUUUUUUAUAUUGCUAUUUUUCAUAGCAUCAAACAGUGGAGGCUUUUAUGGUUCUACAUUGUAACUCGAAAAAUCAAUCCUGAAAUUUACAAUUUGGAUUAAUUAAUAUUUUGUUAACUAUUAGAACAGGUAUAUAUCUAAUACAAAUCUUAACACACUCCAACGGCUAUUGUGUAUUAAAAAUAUCUGUUUUGCAGAUUAUGCACAAUACGCAAUCGUUGGAAGGAAAUCAAUAGAUUCCCUUUUGUUAGUGCUUAGCUAUAUUGUAAAAUGAAAUAAAUCUGCGGCCUAUGUGACUUAAGAAAAUAAAUGUUGCUGCUUCAAGUGCUGUUUCGGUGCUUCUUAUUUUAAUGAGUGGUAUUUUUUACUGUGAUCCAUUGUUUCUGUAACUACUGUAAAUAUUUGUGUAUGUAUUUAUUAUCUCACUCUUUAAAGUAUUUAUUUUGCACUACAUCCAUUUGUUUAUUGUUAAUAUAUCGAGCAUUUAUUCGAAUCGCAAAGUGUCACCUUAGUCACGUGUAGUACAGCUUGUACAUGUUGGUCUGGCAGUUUUUAUGAAGACAUGGGAGAUCUUACAAGGGGCCAGCUUUAAACGUAUCAUUUAUGGUACUUGACAAUUAUUACCGGCUGAAUGGCAACAGCUGAGCAAGUAUAAUUGCGUAGAAUCAAGAAACGCUAAAAAUUUCAUUGGUAGAAGGGGUAGGAAAGCAUGUUUAUGCAGUGCAGACACAACGGACGUACGUCGUAUUUAUGCGCUCAGCCGAUAUAAGUAUCUAAGUUUGAUUUUUGAUCGUUUAUUUGUAUUGUAUGUUACUUGUAUUUAUGUGUUUCAUACAUCUUUGUUCAAUUUUCUACUAUAUUUACAUUUAAUUUAAAAUUAUUAGAUUUUUGUAUUAGCUUUUAUGUGUUUCGAAAAUCAUGUAAUACUUUAAAGUUUUGAUGAUAUUUAUUUCUCAUAUCUAAUCAAGGAAAAUGCCGCAAUUUCUAGCCCUUUUUUUAAAAAAAAACUAUUAUGUACAUACGUUAAGUAUGUACAUUUAAACUAUUUAUGAAACAUUCCCAAAUCAUACCUGACUUGGACAUAAUUUUUAGUAAACAAGACAUAACAUUUUAGUAUGUUAGCUUUUAAAUUUUUUAACUGAGAAGAAAAUUUUUUUAGUCUCCGUAAAUAGCUCUGCAUAUUAAUUAGAUAAAUAUAAGCAAUUUCUAUUUAAGUAUGUAAAAAAACGUAUAUUACCACAUAAAUUGAUUUUGUUCCUUUUUUUACAGUAAAAUUUUAUUGUAUCUAUUCUUAUAGUAUUUUAACCAAAAACAUUCGAUACAUUAAAAAGUAUUGUGGCAUUUUCUCUAGGAUGGUUCUUGAAAUUUUGUGAAUUGGUUUGAUUUCUUGAUAUUGCUGAGGUAUAAGAAUUUAACGAUGUACUAACUUGAAAACGAUAUUUCUAUUUUGGUCGAAACAUUGCAAAUUUGAUAGAAAUAUAUUUUAAUACUUAAAAUUAAUAUCUUUGAACCCUUAGAUUACCAACGACAUGCAUGUGUCCAAUGAAAGCGUACAAAAUAUUCCUUAAAACAAAAACACUUAUCUCUCCGACAUUCGAAUCCGUACACUUAAUUUGCUAUCGGUUCAUUCAGGACUCUAUGAAGCAUUUUAACAAGAAAAACAAGUCAGAUUAAUAAAAUACUGAACAAAAAACGGUAGUCUAAGGGUUGAGUAACUUUUAAAUUACAAUGAUUUAUCGUAGCAAUUGUUUGCUUUCUGUCUAUGCAAAUCUAGCUGUUAAAAUAUAUGUAGCAGCUACUUUGUAGGUUUCAGUGAUGUGUAUAUAUACAUAUAAAGCUGUUGUCCACUCCCUUUUUUUGUAAUAAUAUUCAACUACUUAUCGAUCUCAAACUGAUACCAGAAUAAUAGUUAACGCACUGUGUUCUGUAAGCAACGAAGCCUUCUUUAAAAAAAACCUAUAUAUAACUGCUUUAAGAACCAGUUCUUGUGUAAAACUGACUUGUGGCUUCAUAAAUAAAGUCAUGUCUAUUA